UGAGGGCGUGUAAGAGGAAGUGAUGAGGUAUGAGAGCGCAUGCGUGUGGUGAAGGUGGAAGGGUUUGCGCCUCUCAUGUCGCCUCCUGGCCUAUUUUUAGGUAUCUUUUACGUCGCGUCUCAUAGGCUUACUUGAAAAAUUUAUUUUGGAAGAGAAAUACAGAUUGGUGAGGACAAACUUUAUUGUCUUGUGACAUCAUGGCUGAUUCUUCCAAACUGACAACCUGCAAGGAUAUUCUGAGGGCCAUACAACAGAUACAACCAGUCUACAGGCCGUUAUCUGGCUAUGAAGAAAAAAUCUCAUCGGCUUUUGGGGUGUGCAUGGAUGAGUGCUACCCAGGGCUCUACAUUGGUGACCUUGCUGCAGCAAAGAACAAAGAGUAUCUGAAGAAGGUUGGCAUAACACAUGUUUUAAAUGCUGCACAAGGUAAUAAAUUUGCUACAGUGGAUACUGAUGCUGAAUUUUAUAAAGAUGUUGGAAUAAAGUAUAUGGGCAUGAAGCUCCUUGAUAUAGCAUCUGCAAAUAUAUCCCAGUUUUUUGACAGUGGGUCCCAGUUCAUCGAUGAUGCCCUCUCAAGUGGUGGAAAAGUGCUGGUACACUGCUUCAUGGGUAUUUCCCGUUCAGCCACAGUCGCAGCAGCCUAUCUCAUGAUGGUAAAGAAUAUGACGGCUAUUGAGGCAAUACAAACGCUACGUAAAAACAGAGCCAUAUACCCUAAUGAUGGGUUCCUCAGUCAGUUGGCAGAUCUUGAUAACAAGCUUUCCAAGGAACGUGGAAAACUUUAGUUUGGUUUAUAUCUUCUAACAGUUCAGAGGUGCUUUUAAACAUUGAUUUCAUUGUCUUUUUCUCUUUGGACACUAUUAAUAUUGUACUAAGUAUUACCUAAAACUUUAUUUACAUUCAAAGGAAUGCAAUGAUGAUGGUUGAUGUGAACUGGAACAUAAAAUACUUUGAAUUGCUUUUCAUUCUGUUUCUAUAAAGUUUGAAAAACUUGUGACAAUUGCUUCUUUUAGUACAGUACUUUAUUAUGUAAUUAUAUCAUUGUUACAGUAAAAAAAAUUGUCUAAAGUAUGUUCAUGUUUCAGAUAUUUGUGUUAUGGAAUUGCUGUUUAUACCAAUUUCACAAUAAAUCUACACUUGUAUAAUAAUGUAUGUAGCCUUUUGAAUCCUGUAAUAUAGUUAGAAAGAUUGUAAAUUAUAUAUACAGGUACAGUAUAACUGUGUGGGAUUACCAGUAUCUAUUUGUUUGUGUGUGUGUGUGUACUGCAUAUUAUGUUUUACAAUUGUAUCAUAUUCAUUUAUUGUUACAUUUUAUAAACUAUAAAGAUAAUCCCUUAUAUUUAAAUAUCAGACUUCAUCUAUUUUUAAUGGAGUGUUGUGUCAUUCAAUAAUAAGCUUUGAAUGCAUCCUUGCAUGCAGUAUGUGAGCUCACCUAUUUUAUAUUUGAAACUGUUAUCUGUUCCAGAGAUUUAGUCUUCUUCUAUAGUUGUGUAAAAUAAAUAAAGUACAAUUCUUGGAGAGGUGCCAGGGUUGGAACCUGGUCACAGUGCUGAACCCAUCAGAUGGGGUGUCAAAGAAGUAGUCAGGUUUUGAGGCCUUUCUCUCUCCAAAGGCCAAAGGCUCCUAAAGAAAAAGAGGAAUGGUUGAGUUUGGAACAGGUAACAAGUCACCGGACAUACCCUAGUGGGUUCCUGUCCCUGUAUCCAUCACUACCUUCCCUGGUGCCCAUGAACCCAAGAUCCUAGGCUGUCUAGGUGCCUUAAUCAAGAGGAGCUGUAAAGCAGGACAAGGAAUAGCUUUAGAGCGGCCAUAUCAGCCACCGGCCAAAUUAGAAGAGGCUGAAGGACCAAAUACUACUUGGCACAGAUAGUGAGAAUUGAAGCCUUGAAUUUUGCCUAGCUAGAAGAAGAAACUUCACUCAAAGACCCUUCCAGCAGCCACUACAGAUUCAAAAUUUUGUAAUGCAAAAUGUGAGCUCACAAAUGAAUGGUCACCCCUUAAGCUUCCAAAUAAGGUGUUUCAUACAAGAUAGUGCAGUGACAACAAACAUACCAGGAUAAAAAUUACCCUGGACCCAUCAAGAGAAGUGUCAGAAAAACUUUGGAUUACAAUAAAAAUUUAAAAACAGGUACUGUACAUCUAGCAAAACUGCACGUAGCAAAAUCAGUACGAGAUAACGAGAGAGUACCAUACUUUACGUACCUAAAGUCUAACUUGAGAGUAUUAUAGUUGAGUAUUAUUAUUGAGAUGUAAUCUGAUCUAACCCUAGAGCUUCAUUUGACAAAUAAUUUGCAGAAUACUGUACUUCCUAAAACAAUCAAACUGUAGGAAUUGGUCCAUAUCUGGAAGAAAGACGACAGCCUCUGAGAAGAUCACUGGUGACAAUGAUCAUUGCACUCAAUGUCAGGAAAGAUAACCCUUAAACUCAGAUGAUGUAGCAGUCAAAGUCCCUGACACAGUAUAAACCAACAAACACACUGAAGUGAACAGACUUAUAGAAGGUUGAAAUAAGUUAAGUGAGAUGGCAGUGAAUGCCAAAACCAUCUGUUGUUUUAGUCACAUGACAAAGACAACUGGGAAGACAGAGCAUCAUAGCUCUCAUCCUGUAACUAUAAUUAUUUAUUUACAUAGGUAAAGCUCACUUCAAGAUAGCCAGGUUAACAUAUUUUUAGUCUGGUUUCUAACAAAGGUAAAGCUGAUCUCGGUAGCAUCACGUAAAAAGUGAGGUCACCUGCCCUCUUGUCAGUAGGGUCAUCACCUGGUGGUGAACGAGAUAGUUGGUGCUUAGCUUGUUUAGUGUUGUUUAACGUUUCGUUGUUGUCAAACAUCAUUUGAAGGAAGUUUUGAAGCACUUCUGUGUGUCACAACAGUCAGUUUGUCUCUUGUAUGAUUGAUCUCUGAUUCCAUAUGCUCCCAACCCAUUUGAGUGGGCAAAACAUUGAAAAGGUGCUUGCCCAGGGCUUAAAGUUGUUGUCCAGAGUCAAAUAUAAUUUUGUGUUAUCAAUUCAUAUACAAAAUGUACGAGUUAGUUUCCGAUCUGUUUCCCAAACGAGCUCCAUAAUUUUGCAAGUGUGGAUGAAAUGAUCAUUGAAAUAGCAUUUUUUUUUUCCCCCAAAGGGAAAACAUUUGGUUGUCACGCAUUGCAUUUAUAACUAUUACUGCACUAAUACUUGAUGCAUUAUUGUUGAGAGAGGCAGUUAUAGAGAAGAACUGUGUAGGGUAUGCAUUUUGUGGACUUAUUUUAUGCCUAGACAAACCAAAUUUCUUUGUGUGUUGGAGAUUGAAUAUGUCCACGAAAAAAGAAUCCCAAAUUAGCCGAGUACUCCACGAGUAUUCUAAUUUGGAAAUUUUAGAGCAUUAUACAUCUCUCUGCAUUUAGGUGAUGUGCGACUCUCUGCAGGCAUACAAGUUUCCUCUAACAUUUAGCUGUUUCUUCUUUCACAUGUCUAGUACAGGAGAUAUUUUUUUUUUGUCUCCAAGCAUAUUAAUCAAUGAGUUACGUCAGGUUAUUCAUUAUCUUUUUCUAAGAUCAAAACACGAGUAACUUGCCGGUGUUGUUCUCGAGAUAUAAUGGCUUGGAGAGUUCUAUUAUUGUGAUUAAUGUUCUCUUUCAUGUGUCCUGUAAAACUAAGUAUGCAAUCUGCAUAGAUCCAUCCCUCUGGAAUUGGAUCUAUCCAAUUCGUAUUAAAAUUCCUCUGGAAUUUUAAUGGGAUCUUGUUAAAGUCAGUAUUCCACAUUAUUAACCUGAUAACACUGAGGUACACCUGCUUCUAUGGCAUGUUUGUGGGAUGAAUGAUUGUUGAGGACAACCUGGAAUGUUUGGUUUCUUACGUAAUUUUAAAAUAGAGAAGAUCUCUCAUCAAUCUCGAUUGGCUUUAGUCUGCACACCUUUUUUGUGUUAUAUUAGGAAUUGUUUUCUAAGCAUUAUUGCAAAUGGGAAAUGCAAAGGUUAAGAAAAUUAUAAAUUUAGUCCAUAUUAACAUAAAGGAAACGGAGAAGACCAGUUGAACUACAAAGCAAUAUAAUUGACCAGUGAAGUAACCAAAUCACUAGAAAUGUAAUAAAACAGAAAUGGGUAUAUUUCAAAAUAUAUGACAACAGAACUCGUAGUUUGGUUUCGAAACAUGAUCAUCAUACAUCUUUAUUCUACUGUAAUUACUGUAGUUCAAAUGACAGGGUUAUCAAGAUUCUACAAAAUAAGACAAUUGGGUCUGAAAGUUGAGAGUGCACAGGAGUAAUGGGAAGGCUACUAGCAUGGAUCAAAAAACUUCUGUGCAGAUUGAAGGGCUAACAGCUGUGAUUAGAAGCUCUGAAUUAGGCUGGAGGAAAUUUACCUAGUGGCGCCCUGUAAGGUUUAUUAGUAGUAGUAGUAGUGCAUAUUCAUAAAAACACGACACUACUUAACCUGCGAUUGUGUAAAGAUGUCCUUGCCCCAACCUUUCCUCAACCUUACUCUGACAUUUAUCGUUUUUAUAAAGCUGUCAGCAUUUCAUUAUAUUCCUUAUUAAUACUAUAUAUAAAGAAACUACUUACAUAUAAUUCUUUAACUAAUUUUAAUACUCUAUUUUAAUCAACAAUUUAAACAUAAAAUCAUAAUUUUCUCCAUGUAUUCAGAUGUUGCAUUAGACUUAAAACCUCAUCUACAUCAUAAGCAUUAUUCAGGUACCAUCAUGCAUUACAUUUGUCAACAAAUUGCUCAACCAAUGGGGGUAGACAGCAGUGUGUAAGGUGCUGUCUAAGGGAUUCACUGUAUCUCUCUAACAAAAAAGAGCUACAUUAGCACUCCAUAUUUUUCAUUGUGGUUUUCUUGAUUGUAUCCUUUUGUAUGAUAAAAUAUUUUUUUGUGUAAUACUGUACUGCUACUACUAUACAUUGUGUAAGUAGUUGGGAUGAAGUUGGAGAAUACAACUUUUAUAUAUUGAAUAUACUGUACAAAUCAUGCUUUUAGAAUUUGCUGAAAUUUAUAUGGCAUGAUUAAGUUUAAUUUAGUAGAACAGAAGAUGGUUGGUCACACACAAAAACCAUAAGGGGUUACCUUGUGAUGAUUUCAGGCUCAACGUCCCCGUGGCCCGGUCUCCGACCAGUCCUCCUGGUCCAUUAUAUUUUUGGUAAGCAAGUAUUCCCUCUACAUCCUACAGUAUUUUGAAGGAUUAUAAUGUUACAGAUGAUGUACUUAUCAACUUCUUUUGUAAAGCCAAACUCUGAGGUCUUUCUAGGUCCUUGAGACGAUAAAUAAGCUCUACACUUGAUUGUUUUUUAUAUAAAAAGAGUAAAAAUUUGUUUACUUAAAACUAGCAGAUAUCACCUGAAAUACAGGUAGAAAAUAAAGGUGGUGCUGAAUGUGAUCCCAUUAUUGAAUACUGUAUUAUAAAAAAUUCCUUGUACAGUACUGUACUGUAUAAUAAUGUCACAGGACUCAUUGACACUUGAUUAAACCUCUGGCUGUACCAGCUCUCCGGUCCUGUUAUUGUCGAAGCCAAAAGUGCAGCUCUAAAAGCUGAACGUACUUCUGAGUCCCUAACUGGGAAACAAUAAUGUGAACCAUCCACACAUGCACACAUGCAAGCACAGACAAUUUAAAGGAGAUGUAUGCCAAAAAUCAUCAGCAGUUUCUUAGCAUCAUACAACAAAGAUUAUAUGGAAGAUUGAACAGCAUGAGUAACACUUAUGUAACAUUACUUCAGCAAUUAAACAUAAUUGCAAAGAUAUGAGGCAUAAUUGUCAAUAUUUGGUGCUACCACCUGAGGUGACACUAUUCUGUCAUCCAUAAAUGGUAGUCUUUACUGGGUCCAAGCUUCUAUUUUGAAGAUCAAGAGGACCUGGACAAAAAUUUAAUGAUUUGAAAUGGACCAGUGUUACAUUUUACAGCCAAAGGGUUGAUAGACCUAUCAUUAAAGUAAUUUUAUCUUGUGCCAUAUAAGAAACAUUUUUCCAUACCAGUAUAAUUUAUCAUUUCACAUUGGCAAUAUGUACUCUAUAAGCAUCUAAAUACAAUACAGUAAUUUGUUUUUGUUUUCCUCAUCAAAUAAACCACACAAGUUUUCACAGUUAAAACAAAUUACGAAUGGGAUAAUUGCUUAAAAUUGUAUCUUAAUCUAUAAAUAUUGCCUCUUGUUCAGAACACUGCCUUGAUCUUUUAGUUAAAAGAGGCUACCCCAUCUUUAGUGGAAUUUUAUAUCUAGUAAUGAUAACUGUUAUUGGUUGUACGCGCACAGUGUGAGCUGCAAGGCUAGUCCUGGCUCUCGGGGUCAACAGCAGUAUCUAUUUUCAUGCCCAAGUAAAUUGCGGGUUCCCCUAGCCUAAAUAUAGGGGGGAACAUGAUGCCAUUUAUUUUAUCUUGGUGGUAUUAAGUGUAGGAACUUUGUAAAGAUAUAUUAGUUUUUAUAUACAGUACUGUAUUUAGUAAAUUGUGAACAGUUUGUGAUAUAUAAAAAAAUUGAUAUAUAAUAUCAAUUCUUUUUAAAAUUAACAUUUAAUUAAGCCAAAUCAUUAAUGUAUAGUAGUUACUGUGUAAGUAAUGUGCAAUUCAGUACAGUACCCAUUAUAAAUUGAUUUCUCCGCGUGAUAGAAUUCUAACGAUAUCUGAACUACAUUUCAACAAAUUGGUGGUUGCAGAUGGGCACUUUCCAGAGUACAGUAUUAUUAUUAAUGCCAUUUAUCAAGAGUAAGACCUUUGCCUCAUUGUAACAAAUUUCAUAUCUAUUAUUUAUAUUUGAUUUAGGUAUAGUAUUAAUAUACAGGAUGUGUAUGUAAAGCAAAUUACAACAUUAUGGAAUUUUAUUUGUAAAUACUGUACUGUAUACAAUAUUGUGCUUCUCUCUACUAGUCAUUUGAUAAUGUUAAGAGUUGUAUACUGUAUCUUGAAAUAAUGUUGGGAUGUCAUGAUUGAUUGAAUUUGGUGUUUGUUAAUUACAUUACACUUCAUUUUUUUUUUGCUUUAAUAUGAUUUUCUACAUUCCUUUAUUAAUUUCAGUAUUGGAUGUAUUAUUUGUUGUGCUUUUGGUAUUAUAUAUUCUUAUUUAAGGCCUGAUUUUGUGAUUAUUUUUAACAAAAUAUUGUAGAUUGUUAGUAUGAUAGUGAAUGAAAUAUGUAAAGAUUGGUGUGUUAAAUAUGGUGAUCAGUGAGGGUUUAUGAUAUGAAGGUUUAAAUACUCUUAAUUUGUCUUGCCAAACUUGAGUAAAGUCACUAUGAGGAAAAUUUAGAUUUUUUUUUUUUACAUUAAGAAAUAUUAUUUUAAUAAAGAAAACCUUGAUAAAA